AUGCUUAACCGUAUCCCUAUCCCACGUUUGCCGAAUCAGCACCAGGGUUCGAAAACACGUCGUACCGCUCGUGCUUGUGAUGAGUGUCGAUCGCGCAAAAUAAAAUGUGACGGCGACAGGCCAUCGAAGCAAGCCCAAGAGCGGGAUCGGUUCGAGUCAGCGAACCGUGAAGUCGACCGUUAUGAGGGGUUACUUCGAGAGAUAUCUCAAGAAGUCGAUGUAUUUGUUGCAAGAAAAAUUAUGAAAGCUUUGCCUUCGCUCCAAGGGCAGGAGUCACGAGGGGAGGCAAGCAGUGCCUCUAGUACCUCGUUGACAUCGUCUGUCGGCUCCCUGGACGCUCUAGAUACUCUCGAUGAAGACGUAAAUCGGAGCAAAGCGAGCAUAGCUACGGGAUACCUUGGAAAGAGUUCCGAAGUUGCCUGGAUGCAAAGUUUGACACUAAAAGCUAGAUGUCACGGAGACAACGAAGGGGUCUCCAAGGGCAGCCAGCAUUCCCAGUCCCGUGAUGAUGAUUCGGUGGCCUCUGUGGACUAUCAUAUAGAAUCCGCCGAUUACCCCGGUUUAGAAGACGAAAAUCCUUACACCCUACCGGCGAAAGCCCCGGCAGAACGCUUACUGAGGUUAUACCUAGACAGUGUCCAACCGUCGUUGCCCGUUAUCCGACAGGCUCUUUUUGUGGAUCAAUUUGAUUCUUUAUACUCAGGAGAUUCCAUACAUCCUGGAAGAAAGUGGUUGGCCGUGCUAAACUUGAUCUUCGCCAUCAGCAGCAAGUUGUGUCAGGUCUCCGGCCAAAAUAUUCACCGCAGGGACAACAAAUAUUUUUCCCGUGCACAAAAGCUGAUCAUAUCCGAAAGUCUGGUGGAGGACCAUGAAGAUUUGCAGCAAGUGCAGGUAGAAACACUCGCGGCGUUCUUUUUAAUGACUUCUUCCCAAAUCAACAGGGCGUGGAAGAUGAUUGGCACUGCUACUCGUUCCGCUAUUGCCUUGGGUCUACACCUCAGAGCUACGCACAACAAAUUGAAUGCUUCAGCUUUAGAAGCUCGGCAUAAGCUUUGGUGGUCGAUUUUUAUCUUAGAAAACCUCCUCUCUGUUAUGACUGGACGGGCCUCGGGUCUAGGGAACAGUUUUUGUUCUGCACCCCCACCUCUCGUCGCGGAAAACAUGGAACAUUUCACGGAUGACAGGCCAGAAGCCCGUCUAGAACGACCAUCUGAGAAUCCACCUAUGAAGUGGACAAUUUACCAGCAACGCGAGCCGCUCGAAGCCCAACGAGCGUCGAUGAAAUUCAUGCAUGCUACCGAUGAGCUUUAUUUCUUUUGUCUGACGGAUCUCAUUUUGAUCUCGCAUACUGCUUCCACACAAGUGUACAGCACCGAUGCUGUUAACCAAGGAUGGGAUCAAAUACAGAGCCGCAUUUCCUUUUUCAAUAGGACAAUGGAGGAGUGGAGCUCUAGUCUGCCUGACAGCGUGAGCUUCAAGGCAAUCAACGCUGGAGAAACUGUUUCUAAAAGCAACACCUAUCAAAUUUCUCUCUCUCUACAUUAUUACAGUUCCCGAAUUGUCCUCAACAGACCCUGUCUCACUCGACCGAGGGCGAGUGGAAAGAGCGCCAUCAAUUCAUAUCGUUCUCGCGCGAGGGAAGAGAGCGCGACGACCUGCCUACAUUCAGCUCUAGCGAUUCUUUCCAUUUUUCCUGAUCAGCCAGAUCCCAUCUGGGCUUGUUACGUCCUGUGGUGGAACGUUCUUCAUUUUUUGGUUCAAGCUACGACAAUUUUACUCAUAAACAUUUCACUUGAAAACUUGGCGCCCAAAAAGCAGAGAAGCCACAUAUUCACUAGUGGCAUGGAUGCUGGCCAAGUUUCUGGCUCUUCAGAAGCUGUCGAUUCCGAAACUGUUCAUACCGCGGCCAAAAAAGCAUUGCAGUGGCUAUCUUGCCUUGGGAAAACAGAUGUCUCCGCACACCGGGCUUUCGAAAUUUGCAAAAAUUGCAUUCGCCGUAUUGCGCCCACUAGCUUUGAUCUUGACGAGUUCAUCCCCGUGAGCGCCGAAUCCAACGUGCAUUAUUUGGCUGUACCAACGGAUCAGUUUCAUCAGCAAAAUCGAUGCAAGGAUGAUGUCUCCUACCCCCAAUUCGCUGGUACUGGAGACUUCGGCUACGACAGCAGCACCGUCGUUGGUGCGCAAUUCCUAGAGCAAGGAGCUACAGACGACUUUGACCUUCCUCUGCAGCCGUCUUUCGGCAUUUUGGGGAAUGAGAUCGACAUGCUUGAUUAUGUUCCUGCCCCACACGAAACUCUUGAUGAUGUACUACUUUCAUUGGGGGGGGCAGAUAGCGAAGCUAUCUAG